GUCACGAGCCUGGGCACACGCGCCCGCGGGGUUCUGGCAUGGCCGGCCGUGUGUGCGCAACCUACACCACCAUCGCCAUCGCCAUCGCCAUCGCCAUCGCACGUUGACUAUUGACCCACCACUCUUGACUCUCGUGCAAUCAUUGCGAACCAUGCGCACGCGCCUUGCAAAUCAUCGGCAUCCGUCGAUUGCCCACGAUGAAGAGGACCGAGGUAGCAGUCAGAAGCUCGAUGCUUGCUUGACCCUUAAUUGUAACUCGUCUGGUCACAUCCUGCAAUCAUGACAGCGAUCGAUCGCGUCGUCCCAUGGCAAAUGCCGGCUCAUCAGCUGCUCUAUCUGUGUGAUGCAUGCGCGUUCACCAGCAUUCACAAGGAGUCAGAGUGCAAUGAAGGCCAGGUGGAUGUUUAUGGUCGCUUUGCAUCAUUUCAAUCAUUGUCCACGUCGAUGCGGUCACCAGCCCUCGGUCGAUCGAAAUGAGGAAAAGGGCGGCAAAGACGCCGCCAGUCGUGAGUCUGCAGUCCACGUCUACGGUACGCUCGGAAGUCGUAUUGGUCGCGGUCCGCGGUCACCGUCUGUCUUGUCGCGUUCGUUUCAUGACAUUCACGAUUGCCUGGCUUGCGUGCUUGUUGUACAUCGGCGCGACGAACGAUGCGCCGAACGGCCGAGGGAUGACUGUCUAGACGCGCGUCGUCCACUAGUGACCUUUUCAUCACGCUUCGUUCUCACGUCCGCGUACAAGAGCAUGGCUGCCCGCAGUCGCGCUCGUGAUUCGUAUGAUUUUCGUGCUCCUCUGGCUCUCAACCUCCCGCCACUCAACGCACUUAUUGGUCGCCACACUCACCACUCGCUCACAAGCUCUGGAUAUGUAUCAAUCACAGAGCAUCUCACAGGAUGCGGAAGCGAUGACGAGUGGAUCAACCAUAUGCCGGCAACCCUAAGUCAAAGCGGAGUUCGCGGUCGCGGUCCGACCAAAGAUCAAGGAUUGACUUGCACUCAACGUAUCAGUCCCACUCACGUACCAAUCACGACACUCGUGAUUGCUACUACAACACUUCUCGGUGCGGCGGUGCACGGAAAGUAGAUGCCGGAACAAUAGGGAUCCACAGUCAAGUGUCGCGCCAAAAAUGAUAGAGGUGCAGAGAGGU